ACAGUCAGUUUUUGCUCUUUCAACUUGUGGACCACAAUAAUUGUUGAUGUGAGCAAUAUACCAAAACAUACUAAUGAAGCUAAUUUGUAAGUGGGUGUUGAAGUAAUUGGAUGUUUGAACGUCGAUAUUAUUAUCGAAAGUGGUAGAAGAAAUAACGCCCAUAAACCACUAUCAGCACCGGGCCUGAAAAAAUACUACAGUGAAGAAAUUAGAUGAUUUUUCAAAGUUAAUUAUCACAUUAAAUAUGGGAUAAAGGUUUUCCCCGUUUAAAUAUGAUUACACGAGAAACUCCUCACUGUCACAUCCCAAAGAAAUGUUAUGAAUGAAAACUGAAAAUGAAUGAUGUCAAAGAAGACUCUACUUUUAAGAGCUAUAUUGGAGAAUCAGAAUUGGAGGUAUCGAUAACUUUGGAUGAUGUCCAACGAACAAAAAUUCUGGAUGGUGAAACCAUCGUUUACGAGGCUCCUAAGGUUCUUUUGUACCCCCCUUUGAGUGAUAGAAGAAAGUACAUCCCUGGUAUCUUAACCAUCACCACAUUCAAGCUUUCUUUUGCCAGUGCUGAAGAUGUGGAACCGUCAAACUGCUUCCAACAAAAUCUACUGCUCGGUAUAAACGAUGUUUGCCUGUCUUCCAUUGAUGUCAUUUACCAAAUUGGUGAUCGUAACAAGAAGAAGUUAACUCCUGGUCAAAAUGUCACAGGAAAAGUCAAAGAUAUACUUAUAGUUUGUAAAAAUAUGAAAAGUUUCGAGUUUAGCUUUAAAAUGUGUGAUAAAGAUAGCGGGAAGAAUGUAGUUAAUGCUUUACUUCAUCAUGCUUAUCCAAAAAGACAUUCCCUGCUAUUCGCCUACGACUAUAAAGAACCCUACGUGAAUGAAACACUUAAUAGAGAAGCUCGAUUUUUUCUUGUUAAAUCGGACUGGGAAAAAGAACUGAAGAGAACGAAAUGUCAAAAUUGGCGGAUAUCCCAAGCCAAUUUCAAUUUUCACAUAUCUCCUAUGAUGGUUGAAACUAUCAUAGUGCCUCAAUCCGUCACUGAUACUAUCAUCAAAGCAGCUGUGGAAAAAUUUUGUUGCAGGUUUCUUCCUAUAUGGGUUUGGGGUACUUCCAAAGGUGCCGCUCUAGUUCGAAUGGCAGAUCUCCUGCCUGCCAUCAUGGACCGAACCGAAGAGAACAAACUUCUGGAACACAUUCGAAAAAGCCAUCCCGACAAGAAGCCUCCUCAUAUUAUUGAUCUCUCGUCACCGACGCCUAAAGAUAUCCAAGUUAGUUUCUUGAAAUUGAGAGAACUGUGUACUCCGGACAAUACGAGAAUUUUCAAAAGUCAGGAUUUCAAAUUCUAUGGGUUGUUGGACGGUACCAAAUGGUUGUUGCAUGUUUCGACUUGUUUGACCAAAGCAAUGGAGGCGGCAGACAAAAUUUCCAUGCAUGGGUCAACAGUCGUAUUGCAGGAAGGGAACGGUCAGGACAUGAAUUGCAUAGUUUCCAGCCUAACCCAGUUGAUCCUGGACCCCUUCUUCAGAACAAAAUUUGGCUUUCAGUCUCUCGUCCAGAAAGAAUGGGUCGCUCUAGGUCAUCCUUUUGCCAACAGAUUAGGACACAUACUGGAUAAAGAAAUCGAACCUUCGCCGUUAUUUCUUCUCUUUCUCGACUGUGUCUGGCAGCUACUGCAGCAAUAUCCGACAGCAUUUCAGAUCAGCGAGACUUACCUGACUACUCUCUGGGAUUCAACCCAUAUAUCUGUAUUCGAUACGUUUUUGUUCAACUGCACUCAUGCGAGAUUCAUGGCAGAAACGGGAUCAGCGCACCUGCAUCCGCCUCUGAUCCUGCGCAGUGUCUGGGACUGGCGGGAACAAUUCUCAGAUAGAGACAUCGGCCUUUUUUGCAACCCUUUAUUCGACGACAGCUUCAAAGAGCAACUCAAACCUCACACCGGCCUUUCCGGCAUGGAUAUAUGGCUCCAGUGCUACUUCAGGUGGUUGCCAGACCUUGAAAUCCGAAACGGGGGCCAUCCGCAAGUCGACCUGAUCAGCAGAUACAUAGUGUCGGAGAUACUACAGACCCAGCAAGGGAUCGCCGAUGUCAACGGCAGGGUGAAUAGGAAUAAGGAGGAGUGCAUGGAGCUGAUUAGAAAAGUAAAUAGUUUUUUUCCGUUUAGCCAUAUUUCUGGACCAGUGUCUGGGGACCCCAUCAACAACGUCCUGCUGUCUGGAGACACUUUAGAUUCACAGUCGAUACUUAAUUUUAAUAACGAAUAGACGUCUCUGAGGCGGGUCAAUGUACCA